AAGGCAACUGACGUCACACAAAUGGCGGACGUUGUAAACAGAGCCAGCAGCUUCUCGGCCAGGGUGAAAUAUCUCUUUUUAAGAUGAACAGCAUAGAGUGUGAGCGGCUAGACAGUCUGGAGGGGUGGGUGGCCGUUAAAAGCAAUAUAUUUGAGGAAGAUGAGGCCUUUAAACUGGGCUUCAUCGUACAGUGGAACGUCAUCGAGUGUAAGUUCGCCGUCACCUGCCACAACCGGACGUUACAGCGGCAGAAGCGCAAAUCCGAGCCUGCCGCCGACGACCCUCAGAUGAGCUGGGCAGGACUCUUCUCCGUCAGCGAUCUGAAGCACGUCCACCAGCAGUUCACCUGCGUGGCCGACGUCCUGGGAGGCUGCUUCCCGGAUUUGACGGAGUUUGAAGAGGGCAACAUUUGGGACUUGCUCUUCCUGAAUAGGAGAUCAGGUCCAGACAAUGACGAGGAGAGGGACUAUGACACCCCGUGUAGGAAACUCGAGAAGUAUUUCAGCACCGCUAUUGACCUCUGCGGACGGAAGAUCGUUCUCGACACCUUGUUCGCACAGGAUGACCGAGAUGUCGAGGAGUACUUUGAGAAUUUACAGGAGUUCAAAAAGAAAAGCUUGCAGGAGGAGAUGUCAAGGGCCAAGGGUCACCUGAGACAGCUGCUACAAAGUCACAGCGGUGCUGACAGGAUGGUCAUGCUGCUCAGCAUCUAUGAGGAAGAAGACGAGGCCUACCAGGACCUGGCGACUGUUGCCACGACUUUCUUCCAGUACCUGCUGCAGCCUUUCAGGGACAUGAGAGAGCUGGCCUGCCUUUACAAGAUGGACAUCCUUAAGUCUUUGGAGUUUGAGGAACUGGGUCCUAAGAGAAUUGCAGCUCUGGAAAAGGAGGCGGAGGAGUGGAGAAAAAAAGCAGAGGAUGCAGUCGCCUCGAUUCAGGACAUCACUGUCACCUACUUUGCACAGACUUCAAAGGCUCUGGCUGGUAUGGUGAAACAGAUGGAGGAGGAUAAGUGUCGUUUUGGACCCGCUGCCUGGGCGUCAGCGGCUCCCAGGCUGGAAAAACUCCGCUUCCUAUUGGCCAAAGAAACCCUGCAGCACAUGAGAGCCACCGAGAUGUGCCUCAGCCGCAAGAAAGACAGCAUCAAGGAGAGGCUGGAGAACCUCUCUGUGAGAGCCCAAGGCCAGAGGGCCGAUUUAAGGUCUGCGUUUGAGGACGGCCAGAAGCAGGACACUGUGGACCAGCUGGAACUGCAGUUCUACGAAACCCAGCUAGAACUCUACGACGCCAAGUUUGAAAUCCUGAAAAAUGAAGAGCAGCUCCUGGUGGCUCAGAUAGACACCUUGAGACGACAGAUUAAAGAGCUGAAGGAGGAGGUGGUGUACUACGAUGUGUGCGAGGAUCCGGAGGAGCUGCAGAGCAUGGUCCACACAGGUAUUCAUCAAGCAGACCCUCCAGCUGUCAGUCAGCUCAAAAGACGCCUACAGACCCUGGAAACCAAGAGGGGCAACAUCUGUGCCCGCCGAGCUUACCUGCGUAACAAAAAGGAUCAGUGCACGGAUGCACAUGAGCAGAAGCACCUGGCGGAAAAACAGAGCUCCAUAGUCUUCAACCAGCAUCACCAGGUCCACCUCAAACGAGAGAAGAAGAAGGAGGAGGAGCAGAGGAGGAAAGAGUGGGUGGACAAGGAGCGGGAGAAAACUCUGAGCCGAUUACGAUCCUUCAGAGAGAAGCGACCGGGCCAGUACAUCCUGAAAGCGCCCCAGUCCAGGCCUUCGCCGUCUUCUCCAGAAAGCCUGUGCCCCUCGCAGCCGAUGUCCAUCAUCAGCCUCAGCCCUGCUCCCUCUUCUCAAGGACCCCCUCCCUCCAUCCGACCCGCACCAAGGCGCAAGAAACCAGCUAAAAAGCAGCAGCUGAAAGACAUCCCUGUCCAAAUCUACGCUGCGCCACCUCCUCCCACGGCCAUCCCCCCUCCCCCAACAGCCCCACCCCCUCCUCCGCCUCCGCCACCACCACCACCGCCACUGCCACUGCUGCCUCCCCCCCGAGUGUCGCCCUCAUCAGAGGAUGCCCCGAUGCCUCUGAGUGAAAAAGAGGGCCCUCCUUUUCCAGCCAAGAACACGCUCAAACAAAAUAUAGGAACCAUGGACGAAGUGUUGGCUUCACUACAGCGUGGACAGAUGAAUCUUCGAAAGGUCCCCGCGGCCAGCACGCCGAGCCCCACUGGGGACGCAAGGAGCAGUCUGAUGUCUGCCAUCCGACAGGGAGUCACCCUGAAGAAGGUGGUUCCUGCACGAGCAGAAGUCCCAAGCGGCGGAGACAACGAGCUGGAGCGCAGCAUCAAGGCAGCCAUGAUGAGGAUGAAGAAGGUGGCGGCUGAUUCGGAUGAGGACGACAGAGGGGACGAAGAGGGACGCAGUGCAGACUGGGAUAGCUGAGAAUGCGUGCGUACUCACGCCGAUGAAGCUGCCGUCUUACGUUAGCCCCGCUCAGUCUUCCUCACAGUUAUGAGCUUCAGCUCAUUGUUGCCAAUUUUCCAUCGGAAAACAAGAAGAAAAACAGCUGCUUGUUUGACAAGAACAGGAUUACGCCUCCUCAGACUUAAACGUUGCAGUUUGUUGAAGUUGUUGCACAUUUAAUCCCUUUUGUGUGUGUACGUGUGUGUGCUUCUGUUUUGUAGCCCUGAAACGCUGUAAUACAUCCAACACUGCAACUAACUAGCGAGCGGCAGAAUCAGGACUGUCUCCUCUAAAACACUUUCCAAUUUUCAGAAAUCCCAGUGAGAGCGAAUGAGCCGCUUUGUUUUUAACGCUCCUCUAAUUAUUGAAUUUCUACCAAAUCUGUGCCCGAAGGCCUUUUGUGACAGUGUCACACAGCAGGGGGGGGGAGCGGGGUGGGAGCUUGUGCUGCGGGCGGUGAAGACAACACUACGCAAAUUGUCGUUUCGCUCGCACCGCCCUGUCUGAUCUCAUCAUUUUGAAUGUAAUUAAAUUUGAACAAUUGUUUAUUUAACCUAACCCCAGUAAGGCUACAGCCACGUGAAGGCAGAGCUGUUAAUUAUUCAAAGCCUGCGUGUCUGAAGUCUUUGUCGUUGUUUGCGUUGCAGGCCGUCUCACGCUGCCUGCAAUUUUCCCCUUUUCAUGUCAGAAUUUUGGGAACGCUUUAGGAUUAAUCAAAGGGCACUUUCGAAAUGAAAUACACAAAGACAAAUUGAGAAUAUUAGGCUUUAAUUUAAGUAAUGGAUUAAAAAAAAAGUUCCGUAAUUAAUUACACAUCCCAAUCUGUAAUCGCUGUGUGAUCUAAAGAAAAAGAAAACGGGGGAAAGGUUCCUGUUGAUUAAGGCAAAUUGACCUUUCAACCUGUGACAGCACAUUGCUUUGCUUUGGGGAUUUUUCCCUCCUCAAUCUUUACAAGUGUUCCUUACCUGAACCUGUCAAACAGUUAAACUGUGUGAUAGCAGCAUUAAAUGCUUUACAGGAUGAAUUCAAUUUUAGUUUUAUGAGUUAAUGAUGUUCGAGGCCGACACCUGCACUGCUGUGUUUUAAUAAUAAACUAAGAGACAUCAGGUCGUCAUCAAA